UCUGUACUGGGUGUUGGUUGCUUUGGAAUACAAAGCGGGGGAAACCCUUUUUGGGCAAAAAUAGAGAGCAGUUUAGUUGGAUUAAGGUUUGCUCAUAUAAAACUUCACCAAAAAUAAAGAUAAUUCGUGUCUGAGAUUCAAUUCGUAUGACUAACAACACGAUUGCGUAAAAAGAAGUGAUGAUCAUAAACACAUAAAAAAAUCGUUGCUGUACCGUUUUGAUUAUAAAAUGAUGAUGCAUCUCACACCGUAGGCACGUAGCUCAAUCUGAAAAAAAUGGGGGAUAAAACGUUGAACAAAUCGUACUCCUCCAGUGAAUCUUGUCCUCCGUCGCCUAAACAUGCCAGCUUCAAAGCAUGAUCAUUCAAUUAGUGAUUAGCAACACUUCCCAUCAAAGAACAAAUCUUAAUAAAUUGAGAACAUGGCAGUAGCCAGAAAUGGCACGCUCACAGCUAGAUGUUGCAUUAGCAUCCAUUAAAAAAUGGCUUGAGCAUGCAACACCAUCGGACCACAACCACACCGCUGGUUCUUGCUGCCAAUUGCUGACUAUGAUAUGCUGCCUCGUCUCGAGGACAGCGGACACACUAAAAUAUGCCCUAAACAUGAGACGACUUUGCUGUAAUAAUCGCUAUGCUUCUGCCAGAUCUCGAUCCAUGGCAGACAGCAUCUUGCAAAUGAAAUGGCAUGAUUCCUUGUGUCUAAUAGUCGAACACUCUAGCUUGUAUGCCUCUUUGGUAUAAAUAGGCAUCAGAAGAACGGUAGACACAUCAAACCAAAAGUCGCUCUUUCAUUCUCCUCUCUUCAACCAGAAUACAGAGAAAAGCUUCAAGAUCAGAAAUGGCCUUCCACCUAAGAUCGAUAAGUUUGCCAUCAAGGCCUCAGGCCAACGCGACCGAAGUCGAGCAAGAGGUGCUGAGCCUAGAGGCGAGCAUCUCUUCUUCGACCACCACCAUCGGCACCAUGUGUGCCGGUCUGAGGAGGCUCGGAGACAUCUAUAAUGGUGUUGAAGAGAUUAUUGGCCUGCCAAGCAACCAGGUUGGCAAGAUGUUGGAUUCAGAGAUUGAAGGCUCUCUCGAGCUGCUAGAUCUCUGCAGCACCAUGCAAGAGAUCUUCGUCGAGAUGAAGGCCAUCAUCCAAGAGCUACAGGUAGCUCUAAGAAAAGGAGAUGCUGCAACUGCUCAAGCCAAGAUCCAGUCUUAUGUUCGUUUGGUGAAGACGGCCAAGAAACAUUUCAAGAAGAGCGCGAAGAAGGCUAAUGCUAUGUCUGCAGGUUGCAAGAUGGUCAUGCUAUUGACCAAAGCUAGAGAGAUUUCUGUGUCUUUGCUGGAGUCCACAGUCCAUCUCUUGUCAAAGGAAAUCGGAAUGCCAAAACAGUCUCUUGUCUCCAAGGCAUUUCACAAGAAGAAGGCAGUUGUCUGCCAUGAGGAGCAAUUGCAGGAGUUAGAGUGUAGUAUUGGAGAUCUCGAGAAUGGGGCGGGACAUCUGUUCAGGAAAUUAAUCCAGAUCAGAGUUUCUCUCUUGAACAUUCUUAGCUCAUAGAUACUCCAAGUCACUCUACACCCUGUGAUUGGCAUCUGCCUUUUUGAGGAUUAGCCGGUCUUCAUACAAUUUUGCCAUAUGUAUACAGUACAAAUGUACAGAAACUUAGAGAAAGAAAAGGUGAAGUUUUGAUC